AUGUCUGAUCAUGUUGUACAAUCGAAUAACGGAAGUGAUGGGAGAGCUGGGCAAUCUCUGCAUUCUUACCAAUCAGCUUGGAUGGCUCAUUGGUCGAGAACAAGCUGUAAUGCAGCACCUCAAAUGCAUAGUCAUUUAUCUCAUGCUUUUGUAAACAAGGGAGAUGAUCAUGUUACCAAGCCACGAUAUUUACUUAGAGGAGUAGAGGUAGCAUCUGACUUUUGUAAAUCUGUUGGCAGUGGUAGAAAAACUGAGGCCAAAACUUUUGAAACCAUGAAUGCCUGUCUUACAAGAGGAUCAGCAUCUCAUAUUGCUCCAUACGAAUAUGACUGUCGAGAAGACAGACUCAACAAUGGAAACUUACUCAACAAUAACCUGGUAACUUUGGAACAUGAACAGUGUAAUUAUCGCGGCCAUUCAGCUCUUUUGGUUUGUGAGCAAAAAACCCAUAACUGCCCAAACUCCAAAAAGUCUGCUACUCCAUAUCCAAGGCACAAUAACACGUACCUAUUCCUAAAUGAUCCCUCUACCAGCAACCAGCAUUCACCAGGGUUUAUUGGAGAACAGUCCCAGAGAAUGCAGAAUUGUUUCAGUAUUGGGUUGGUUCCUAGUAGGAACUGUCCUUCACAGACGACCAAAUUGGAGACGUUUCACCCCCACUCGAUUCAAAGAAUGCCACAUUCUGUUCAUGAUGUGGAGACCAUGAGAAUAUGCACUACUGUAGAUUCCAUGGAGGGAUUACCCAGAGGUCCUCCCAGAAUUUCUCAGACAACUCAGAGUGUCUUGAUCACAAAAAAGACUGAUGUGAACUUGUGUGAAGGAGAUCAGAUUUUCAGAGAGUCAAGAGUAUCCAGCCAAUUUAAAGGAAAUAUGGUUGGCGAACUUCAGAGCUUAUCUCCCCUUGUUGGUCAUGGUCAACGUGGAGUAAAGCUUAAACCUCUAGAUAGCUCCAUGGAUAGUGAAGACACAGGAAAAUUUGAAGAUGUCAAAGCUUUUGAGGUUGAUUUGAAGAAUGAAUCAUCAGCUGAAACAGAUUCCAUGGAGAUAAAUGUUUUUGAGGAGAGGAACCAUUUUUCUGGUGGAACUUCUUCCCCAUCAAACAAGGGCAUGAUGGUGGACCCAAAUUUGCUCCCACAAGCUGGAAUUGCUUCAGCAAGAGAGGAAGUUGGAUGCAGCCGACCUGUAAUGUUACCUGAUAUAAACUUAGAGCUUCCUGCCCUGCCCGAAACAGCCAGCUCAAUUGAUAAUGCAGAACAAAGGACCUCAAGAACUCAAAGUCUGGACAUGGAACUACUACUCUCCCAUGCUGAGCAGCGCAGUAGUUCAAAAUCUGAUCAUUGCCCGGAUGGUCCUGUGAGACCUGAGCCAAGCAGCAGAUGGGUUAAGCGUCUUAAAUUGAGUGCUUCAGAUCCUUCUGCUCUUGGUACUAAGAGCUCGAAUAUGGGUGAAGCCUCAUCUCAUAAAAAAGUGGACAAGUUCAGCAAAAUUAUGAAACGUAGCAUAACUAGCUCAGAAUUGAUGAUGGGCAAAUGUCGUAAUAAAGAAUUGAUUGCACUAGAUCAGAAUACAGCACUCUUAAGGAACGGUGAAUCGUCUUCUGCAGACUCGGUAAGCAAAGUUCGAGAUAUCACACUUUCACAUUCUUGGAUUAAGAGGUGGCGUCAUAAUAGAGCUGCUACUCCACAGAGAAAGGGUGAAGCAGUGGUACUUUGUGAGCCACGAAGUUUGAAAGUGGCAUUGGAGGACUUGCAAAAGAAGCAAUUUCCGAGCCUUGCGGCAAUGGCGCUGAUGGGGAAGGCCAUGAGUGGUUUCCAACCUUGUGAGAUGCAAAAGAGGGGUUCUUUUACAGUAUGGAAUACUAAAUAG